GCGCGGUGCUGUGCUCCCGGCGCACACGGAGCCCGGCGGGGACGGCGAGGCAGAGCGGGCGGCCCUGGGUCCGAGUGCGGAGCUGAGCCGGGCCCGGGAGCCGGCGCUUGCCUGCGGCUCCAGGAGACGGCAGGGGAGUCCCGGGAGGCCACCGGCCCCGUGCCGCCGGGGUUCUCGCCCGGGACCCGCGGGCAGCGCGGGGGACGGAGCCGCGGCCCGGCCAACUCCGAGGCGGGGACGCCGCGACGGCAACUUGAGGCCGGAGAGGGAUGUGAAGACUCAAAAUGACCCUCUUACCAGGAGACAAUUCUGAUUACGACUACAGCGCCCUGAGCUGCACCUCCGACGCCUCCUCCCACCCGGCCUUCUUCCCGCAGAGCCAGUCACUCAAGGGCGUCUUCUACCGCCGGGCCCAGCGGCUGCGGCCUCAGGAUGAGCCCCGCCAGGCCGGCCUGCCCGAGGACCGCCGGAGGCGGAUCAUCAUCAAUGUGGGUGGCAUCAAGUACUCGCUGCCCUGGACCACACUCGAGGAGUUCCCGAUGACGCGGCUGGGCCAGCUCAAGGCCUGCACCAACUUUGACGACAUCCUCAACGUGUGCGAUGACUACGAUGUCACCUGCAACGAGUUCUUCUUCGACCGCAACCCGGGGGCCUUCGGCACCAUCCUGACCUUCCUGCGGGCGGGCAAGCUGCGGCUGCUGCGUGAGAUGUGUGCCCUGUCCUUCCAGGAGGAGCUGCUGUACUGGGGCAUCGCCGAGGACCACCUGGACGGCUGCUGCAAACGCCGCUACCUGCAGAAGAUGGAGGAGUUUGCCGAGAUGGUGGAGCGGGAGGAUGAGGAAGACCCGCUGGACAGUGACAGCCAGGACAGUGAAGGCCUGGCCGAGGGUGAUGGCCACCGGGGCCACUGCAUGCGGAGGCUGCGUGACAUGGUGGAGAGGCCGCACUCAGGGCUGCCAGGCAAGGUGUUUGCCUGCCUGUCAGUGCUCUUUGUCACCAUCACCGCUGUCAAUCUCUCCAUCAGCACCUUGCCCAGCUUGAGGGAGGAGGAGGAGCAGGGCCAGUGCUCCCAGAUGUGCCACAACGUCUUCAUCGUGGAGUCGGUGUGUGUGGGCUGGUUCUCGCUCGAGUUCCUCCUGCGGUUCAUCCAGGCGCCCAGCAAGUUCGCCUUCCUGCGGAGCCCGCUGACCCUGAUCGACCUGGUGGCCAUCCUGCCCUACUACAUCACCCUGCUGGUGGACGGUGCGGCCUCCGGCCGCCGCAAGCCGGGCGCAGGCAACAGCUACCUGGACAAGGUGGGGCUGGUGCUGCGGGUCCUGCGCGCGCUGCGCAUCCUGUACGUCAUGCGCCUGGCCCGCCACUCCCUGGGGCUGCAGACGCUGGGGCUCACCGCCCGCCGCUGCACCCGGGAGUUCGGGCUCCUGCUGCUCUUCCUCUGCGUGGCCAUCGCCCUCUUUGCCCCCCUCCUCUACGUCAUCGAGAACGAGAUGGCCGACAGCCCCGAGUUCACCAGCAUCCCCGCCUGCUACUGGUGGGCGGUCAUCACCAUGACAACUGUGGGCUAUGGAGACAUGGUACCCAGGAGCACGCCUGGCCAGGUGGUGGCGCUCAGCAGCAUCCUUAGCGGCAUCCUCCUCAUGGCCUUCCCAGUGACCUCCAUCUUCCACACCUUCUCCCGCUCGUACCUGGAGCUCAAACAGGAGCAGGAGCGGGUGAUGUUCCGGAGGACCCAGUUCCUCAUCAAAACCAAGUCGCAGCUGAGCGGCCUGUCCCAGGACAGUGACAUCUUGUUCGGAAGUGCCUCCUCGGACACCAGAGACAAGAACUGAGCCUAGAGCCCACC